UUCUAGUCCAUGUGGCAGCUCCCCUCUGCUCCCAGCAUGCCUUGUGGCCGGCACUGUCGGCAUGGCCCUCGCAGUCCCAUCCCGGCAGCAGCCAGUGACGCUAACACACACACUUGACAGCAGAUGGACCAGAUCUCUUUGGGGGUCAUAUAUGCCCCCCCCCCGGUGGAUCCCUGGAUUGAGUGGCCCUGCUGUGGGGACCCUGUGUAUGUGCAUAUGACCAUGGAGCAGAAGAGCACGGCCAGCAGUGCUCCUGGUGGUAAGCCCACAGAAAGGGGACCCCUGGCUCUGUGCAUGCCCAGCCCAUGGCCCCUCAGGGUGGACUUCCACUAGGUGCCAAUGGAACCAGGUACCUUUGAUGACUUCUUAUGGCUUGUGGACCGAUUUUGGACUUAGUUGGGUGAUUACAUGUCCUUUUGCUUUGAGAACUGUCAGGACAACCUCAGCCAUGUCUAUGAGAUUCUUGGGCACCUGACCGGCCAAGCCUGGGCUUGAGCAGCCCCCUACCUCGUCGGGGACCUGCCCCUUCCUGAUGAUUAUGAGCUCUUCUGCCAGGAUCUCGAGGAUGUCGUUCAAGACCCGAACAGUUUUGCUGAGUACCAUGCUGCAGUGCCUUGUCCCCUGGCCCCCGCCUCAAGCUAGCCACCAGUGGCCCCACAGCUGCCUGUGGUUAGGUGAUACUUAGCUAGGUAUUCGGAGGCCCUGGUAUUCAACAUGGGUGUUGUCCCAGUUGCUGUGGCCACCGUUGAUUUUUAAAGUUCCAACUCUACGUCCAGAAAUGGUCUCCCUGAGCAGCAGCUGGCCAAGGAGAGCAGCCUUGGGUCUGUGGAGUCCCCCACCUUGUCUAAUUCUGCAUGCAGUACUGAUCCUGGUCCUGUGGGGCGCUCCUCCCAGCCAGGGUAGUUGGCCCCCACACCUGUCCCUGCACUUUCAGGAUCUGCUAACCCACCUGCCCAGAAACCAGAUCCAGUUCCACUAGGGAGUCCAGAAAUGCAGAAGACAAAGGAGGAAGUUUCCGAGACAGAGGGAAACCAGAAGGCAUCCUUAGGUACCCACCCUAAGGUGGCAGCAGGUGGCAGAUACCCAGAAACCCUGAGAGAGCUAGCAGUUUCUCUUACUCCCUACCCUACAGCCCUGGAUUCUGAACACAGCCCAGGCAGAGGCAGUAGUGCCCCUGGUGAUGAAGUGGUUGGCAUAGCUGAGAAGCCCCACAGUGCCCCAGCAGGACAGAGUGGCUUGCCAGAUGACUCUAGCCAUAGUGUGCCAGGUCGUGCCUUAUCCACUUGCUUUACUGCUGGGCCACUUGCUUUAUUGCUUUCUUGGAGGUGAGCCUGUUUGGGCUCUGCCCUGUCUGAGCACUAACAGCCCCCUUGUCCUCCUCAUCGCCCCACCUCCUCUUAUAGCAGAAUAUUGAGCUCUACCAUGUGCCCCUCAUUCUCUGACUUCUCCAGUCACCCAGAGGUUGCCUCUCACUAGGCUCUCAGCUGCAUUUCCAUUGGACAGAGUUCCAUACAGCAUUCCCCAUUCAGAUAAUCUGUAUGUCUUCAUAACUAUUCCCCUCCCCAGACCCUUCAUUCAAUGUUGGCUGGGGACUGGACUCAGUCUGCCAUGCCAGCCAUGUUUGGAUCUGUCCCUGGAUGGUAUCUCUACUUAGGCCCCCUUCCACAUCUUGGCUCCCUGUGACUUCUGCCCUCUGGGGUAGAAUUUGAGAAAGGCUGCAUGGAGGAAGUGACUACUUUGAUCAUUUAGUACUAUUGGGAUGGCAGAGAAAGAUGCUUCCCUAUGAGUAUACCAGCAGCCUGGGACAGCUAGGAGGGUGGGAUACAAGCCUCCUUGCCAGUCUUAACUAAGUUCCAAGCAUUUCCCCCUUCUGCAUAUUAACAUUGUAGUUACAGCCGGCGUUUUCAGAAGUUGGCGUGAAUUUUUGUGUUUCCGUGCCUUUGCCCAUGUUGUCCUCCCACUUCUUGCUCUUCAGGAUUCCCUGUCUCCCUGCCCAAUGUUAGGCAUUGCUGACUCAACACUUAAACCAUAACACUAUAAAUGACUUUUGUCUUUGGGUAGAUUGUGAGCCUUUAGGGCAGGGGCUCCAUCCUGAUCAGCUUUGUGUCCCUGGUACACAAUUGGUGCUCAUUAAACGUGUUAAAUCCA